GAACAAUCCACUUCCAUCCCAUCCCAUUCCAUUCCCGUUUCACUCUCAAUUCGGAACAGAAGCCAUCUGUCCUUCUUGGAUGUGUUACUAAUCCAUCAUGCUUCCUAUAUUCCUGCUGGUGUUGCUUAUUUCGAGCACGUCGGCCAAGUCAUGCGAGAAGGUAAUUAACUUCAAGAAGCAACCAAGUGAAGGCAGACUCGUUCAGGAAUUCUCCGGCGAUGAGACUGAUUGUGUUUUCAGGUUUAUAGCGCCAUCACACAAACAUGUUGUUAUUGGUAUACUUGAACUGGACAUUUUCUCGCCAGAUGCCACAGAGCGCGACCAAUGCAAAUUACGGUUGAAUGUCAGAGACACACCAUCCAACGGAAAAAGACAUCUCUUGCGUGGCUAUUGCGACAACGAUCACAUUAGGUUACCGCACUUUUUUCGGUCUUCCGAAUCAAGAAUGCAACUUGUGUACAAAGGUGAAGCAAGCCGCACUGACGGUCGUCUUGAGGUUCAAUAUGCAUUUGUAGAUCAUCCUCAUGAAUAUAUUAAGAGCUUGGAAAAAUUAUACACAACCCCAUCAACUAUAAUUGAAGCAGCUACUACAGAGACUGUCGUAGAUGAGAGUGUGACUCAAGUAGGGAUUGAACCAACCACUGUGGAAGAAGAGAGUGAAGUAGCACCUACAAAAGAUGUAGAUGUUGAUGUUGUGACAGAGCUAGCAGCAGUGGAACCAACUACUGUAGAAGAAUCGGAUAAAUGUGGCAUCAUUAUCUGUUAUGUGUAUUGUGAAGCUGGAUAUGUCAAAGAUGAGAACGGUUGCCACACCUGUACUUGUAUACCAGAGAGUGAAGUAGCACCAACAAAAGAUGCAGAUGUUGAAGUUGUGACAGAGCUAGCGGCAGUGGAACCAACUACUGUAGAAGAAUCGGAUAAAUGUGGCACAUUUGUCUGUUAUUUGUAUUGUCCAGCUGGAUAUGUCAAAGAUGAGAAUGGUUGCUACACCUGUAAUUGUACACAAGUGCCUGAUGACUGUGAAGAUUUUAUCUGUUCUUUUCUCUGCCCUGCUGGUUACUUGAAAGAUGAAAAUGGUUGUCCUACCUGUAGCUGUGUACCAGAAGAGAGUGAAGUAGCACCAACAAAAGAUGUCGAUGUUGAUGUUGUGACAGAGCUAGCGGCAGUGGAACCAACUACUGUAGAAGAGAGUGAAGUAGCACCAACAAAAGAUGCAGAUGUUGAAGUUGUGACAGAGCUAGCGGCAGUGGAACCAACUACUGUAGAAGAAUCGGAUAAAUGUGGCACGUUUGUCUGUUAUUUGUAUUGUCCAGCUGGAUAUGUCAAAGAUGAGAAUGGUUGCUACACCUGUAAUUGUACACAAGUGCCUGAUGACUGUGGAGAUUUUAUCUGUUCUUUUCUCUGCCCUGCUGGUUACUUGAAAGAUGAAAAUGGUUGUCCUACCUGUAGCUGUGUACCAGAAGAGAGUGAAGUAGCACCUACAAAAGAUGUCGAUGUUGAUGUUGUGACAGAGCUAGCAGCAGUGGAACCAACUACUGUAGAAGAAUCGGAUAAAUGUGGCAUCAUUAUCUGUUAUGUAUAUUGUGAAGCUGGAUAUGUCAAAGAUAAGAACGGUUGCCACACCUGUACUUGUAUACCAGAGAGUGAAGUAGCACCAACAAAAGAUGCAGAUGUUGAUGUUGUGACAGAGCUAGCGGCAGUGGAACCAACUACUGUAGAAGAAUCGGAUAAAUGUGGCAUCAUUAUCUGUUAUGUGUAUUGUGAAGAUGGAUAUGUCAAAGAUGAGAACGGUUGUCACACCUGUACUUGUAUACCAGAGAGUGAAGUAGCACCAACAAAAGAUGCAGAUGUUGAAGUUGUGACAGAGCUAACAGCAGUGGAAGCAACUACUGUAGAAGAAUCGGAUAAAUGUGGCAUCAUUAUCUGUUAUGUGUUUUGUGAAGCUGGAUAUGUCAAAGAUGAGAACGGUUGCCACACCUGUACUUGUAUAGCAGAAGAGAGUGAAGUAGCACCAACAAAAGAUGCAGAUGUUGAAGUUGUGACAGAGCUAGCAGCAGUUGAACCAACUACUGUAGAAGAAUCGGAUAAAUGUGGCAUCAUUAUCUGUUACGUGUAUUGUGAAGCUGGAUAUGUCAAAGAUGAGAAUGGUUGCCACACCUGUGCUUGUAAACAAGAAGAGAGUGAAGUAUCACCUACAAAAGACGCAGAUGUUGACGUUGUGACAGAGCUAGCAGCAGUGGAACCAACUACUGUGGAAGAAUCGGAUAAAUGUGGCAUCAUUAUCUGUUAUGUGUAUUGUGAAGCUGGAUAUGUCAAAGAUGAGAAUGGUUGCCACACCUGUACUUGUAUACCAGAAAAAGUUGAAGUAGCACCCACUGAAGUUGAGCCUGUAACAGUUGAAGAGUCUGAUAAAUGUGGCAUUAUCAUCUGUUAUGUGUAUUGUCCAAGUGGAUAUGUAGAAGAUGAAAAUGGUUGCAAUACUUGUGCAUGUAAACAAGAGGUUGUAACUAGUGAGCCAGAAACUGAAGACUUGACAGUUGCCCCUGUAGCCAGAUGCCUGGCAGCACGUCAAGUAAUAGAACGUGGAGAUUUCCUCCCUGAUUGUGAUGAAAAUGGAGACUAUGAACCUCUACAGUGUCCCCCUGUUGGGGGAUGUAUUUGUGUAAACAAGUCAACGGGGGAACCAACAGGGUUACCAUCUGGUGAUCCACCGGUCUGCAACAGUAAGUGAUAGCACUAAUUUUUAAA